AUGGCCUACCGCUCCUCGCCCCACUACGGCGCCAACCGCCGCGUACCGAUGGAGUCGCUCCGCACCCUCACCUUUUACGACGGCGCAAAGACGGCCUACCGACGCACCGAACCCCUGCCCCAGCUCAACUGCGUCGGCUCGCCCUGCCGCCGUUUCCGCCCCGACGUGGUCCAGUGCACCGCCAUGGGAGGCGGGCAGUGGAAGUGCCAGGCUGACCUUCCGCCAUCGAUCCGCAUGGGCCGCGUCGAGGUCAGCUGCGAGGGUUACGACGCUCCCGCCGACCCUUUUGUCCUCAAAGACUCGUGCGCCUUGACCUACCACCUCCUCCCCGCCUAUGGCCCGGAUGAAUCGUCGCGCUCCCAGUACCCGGGUCAGACCUUUCGCACCGAGGAGUUCAUCGGCCACAUCUUCUGGCUGGCGUUCCUCGGCAUCCUCUUCUACAUCCUCUACGGCUUCCUGCGAUCCGUCAUGGGGUCGGGCGCUCAGCGCGGCGUCGGAGGCGUGGGUGGCGGAGGACCGGGUGGUGGGGGCGGAGGCGGUGGUGGAGGCGGCGGCUGGUUCCCCGGCGGUGGAUGGGGUGGAGGCAAUGGAGCGCCGCCGCCACCUCCCCCCUACAGCAAGCACGACGGUCCCUCGACGCACGCAGCACCCGGCGCCAACGCCGAGGCGGGAUGGAGGCCUGGCUUCUGGACGGGACUGGGUCUGGGCGGUCUGGCGGCGGGCUUGGCGGCCAACCGCCGUGGUAACCAGCGAUCGCCGAUGGACGAGAUGCGAUACCGCAGGGGAACGGGUGCGGGCGGAGGCGGACUGUUUGGGUCGCCGAGCGCCAGGUCGUAUUGGGAGAGGGACGACGACGACGACGGCAGCUGGGCCAGGAACCGCGGCAUCGGCGGCUCGUCGUCGUCGUCGUCUGGUGGCUCGCUGAGGACGAGCACGGGCUUUGGCGGUACCAACAACCGUUGA